GUGUAGAGGCGUGCUGCCCCCUGCAGGACUGGAGAUGCACUGUCUGUACGCAAACUGACACCAUUCUCCCAUAUGCACAUACAGGACAAUUUUGUUUGUACACGUAAAAACUUUACAAACGCUUUUUGUCCUGGGGAUUUUUAUGCUUUUGAAUCCGAGUCGCACUUGUGAUGCAUCGCUAUGAGGUACGGAGUUACAACUUUAAGAGUGGGAUGUUCCUCACAGCAGUGAUAAGAAUGAGGAAACAGUAGCGGUGAAUGUAAACGCAGCUCAAAGCUCACGAGUCUCUGGACACUACAGUCCGUGUCCGAGUUCAUCCGUUGACGACGAUCGCGGGUAACAUGAGUGGGGCGAUGCCAGCCUCCUUAGCACCCAGCACCACGCCACAUGGCUAUGGUGAUGGGAACUCUGUUAACCCAGAGUAUAUUGCCUUUUUUUUGGUGCUUUUCUUCUUCCUGCUGGGGCUUCUGGGUGUCCUUAUCUGCCACAUCCUGAAGAAGAAGGGGUACCGCUGUACAACUGAGGCAGAGGAAGAUGCUGAGCUGGAUAAAGAGGACGACGAAGAGGAGAAAGAUCCAGAAAAAGGAGAUCUGAAUGACACCUUCAGUGAAGGCAACACUGACACAGUGGGCCGAAUUGUUCACUCCAUCAUGAUAAAUGAAGCCAACUCCGACGCACUCAAAGCCAUGGUUCAGGACAGUAUAGAAUCGGAGGGUCGUCCUGUGACGCCCACCUCUCCAAACACACCCGCCAGCCCAGAGAGCCCUGCACUGCCAGGGUUGCCACCCAGCGCAGCCAAACACACCUGCAACCACCUGCACACCAUCGGAGGGAUCGGAGGACAUAAGAACAUCUGCAACCGCUGCAACCAGAAAAAAUGGCCUCUGAUGAGACGCCCAUCCAGCAAAAAACUGGACAGACGCAGUUACGUAGGAGAGGUCAUAGUGCUGUCUGUAGGCAGAUUCCGGGUGACAAAGUGUGACCCCAAAUCGGCCCGGGAUAGGCGGACGUUGUUGAUCACUGAGCCCAAUGGCAGUGUUCCCCCAUCACCUGCUAACGCUGACCCCCCUGAACGCAUCACAGGCCCAAAGUCACAGGAUAAAGGAGGCAGUGCAAAGUGACAUCUGUAGAGUUCCAGCAGCUUCUCAGGUGACCUUUUAAAAAGAUUUUAAUCUGGAAGUCACACUUCCAAAGAGGACUAAAGAGAGGGAGAACGCCUCAAACUGUGAUGAGAGAUGUGAUGAGGAAAGAGGAAAAGAGGAUGAUGGAUGCGAACCCUCCUUUCUUUCAUGUGAAACGUCAGUUGUGGAAAGGCAGCAGAAGCCAUUUUAUAUAAAUUAACCUGUCACCAUGCCAACCCACCUUUCUUAAACACCCUUGUGUCAUUAUCAGUGGCGGAUGGCGUCAUUUGUGGCUAUGAGCGUGUCAAUGUUUAAUCCAAGCUGGCGUUGUGGUCGGAGAUCUUCGCCAUGUGCCUCUUUGGGCUACUUCCAGGAAGUGGGAAGUAUUGUUCAGGGGUUUUUUUUCUCUUUUUCAUUGCAAGCUGUGAUAAACAGAAAAACAGAGCCAUGAAAUUUCUCACUGGUUACAAUCCAGACUAAACGUUUUUUUCUUAACCUGUUGC